CACCAAUGGCUUCCUUUGGACCACCCUACCCCACCAUGCGCCCCCCUGGACCCACUCGUCUGACUCUACCCACCACCUCCCCGUCCCAGCCUCGCCUCGCCGCUGCCGCGCCGAAACCCAAUCCCCUAAACCCUAGCGCCGCCGCCGCCGCCAUGCUGCGCCGCCUCGCCGCCGUUGCCCCGCGGGCCUUCUUCUCUUCCUCCUCCCCGCACGCGGCACCGCUGGCCGCGUCGGGGUACACCCCGCGCCGCGAGUAUGGGCUGGUGCCCAUGGUGAUCGAGCACACCUCCCGCGGGGAGCGCGCCUACGACAUCUUUUCGCGCCUGCUCAAGGAGCGCAUCGUCUGCAUCCACGGCCCCAUCACCGACGACACGGCCUCGCUCGUCGUCGCGCAGCUGCUCUUCCUCGAGUCCGAGAACCCCGCCAAGCCCGUCCACCUCUACAUCAAUUCCCCCGGCGGGGUCGUCACCGCGGGCCUCGCCAUCUACGACACCAUGCAGUACAUCCGCUCCCCCGUCACCACGCUCUGCAUCGGCCAGGCGGCAUCCAUGGCCUCGCUCCUGCUCGCCGCCGGGGCGCGCGGGGAGAGGCGUGCGCUGCCGAACGCGCGGGUCAUGAUCCACCAGCCCUCCGGCGGCGCGUCGGGGCAGGCCUCCGAUAUCGCCAUCCACGCCAAGGAGAUCCUCAAGGUACGGGACCGGCUCAACAAGAUCUACGCCAAGCACACGGGCCAGGCCAUCGACCGCAUCGAGCAGUGCAUGGAGCGGGACAUGUUCAUGGACCCGGAGGAGGCGCACGAUUGGGGGCUCAUCGACGAGGUCAUCGAGCACCGCCCUGUCUCGCUUGUGUCUGAUGCCGUUGGCAGUGAUCCGCCGAACCUCGGUGGAGGCGGAAAUGGGGCGAAUAAGAGGACUGAGGAGCCAUCCUCGGCUUGAUGGGUGGUAACAAGGAAUAUCUGAGCACCCGACUAGAUGUUCAAUUCAACAAAUGAUCAUAGCAUGGAGUUCCAGAUGGAUGAUGUGCUCUUGAUUCUUUUCCUGUGAGCUGGAGAUUUUACUGGGCUAUUCGCCUUUUCCACCAGCCUUAACAUAAAUGAUGAAUCAUGAACAUUUUAAUUCCUGUCAAUUCUGAUUGUAGUUUGAGCGCCUGAGUUUACAUUCCCGCCUUGGUAUUGUUGUUCUUAACAGUUUGGAGCACACAGUCUGAACGAUCUUACUUUUUCUGUUCUAGACUUCUAGUUGCCAAUGCUUUGGCUUUGA